AUUUUGUUUCCAGACAUUUUUUUAAUUUUUCUAUCCUUUGCCUUUUCUUUUUGGAUUUUUCUCAACGAUGAAUUUUUACAUUUUGCAAGAGGACAGAACGUAACUAACGUUAGUGUGCUGGCGAGGCUAGCUGGCUAAGCUAACCCUGAGCUAACCGUGACGCUCAGCCUCAAAAACAAGCGUCGCUUGUGCUCUUUUUCUUUUUUUUUUUUUUUUGUCUUUUUAGAAAAGCGAUGAUUUUGGAUGCGCCAUCGCCACGCGUUCGUCUAUUUCCUCCAGUUCGUCUAGCUUUGGUUUUGUAGUGUUUUUAUCGUGUCUACUUUCUUUUGACGGCACUGGUCUGCUCUUUUGGCACGCUUUUCACCCAGCUCACUGGCUAAGCUAACGCUAGCUAACCGCGUCAAAGCGGCCAGCCUCUAUUUUUUGUAGUCCCCGCUUUUCCCCGAUCCGGGAUCGAUUACAGCUUAUCAACCACCCACAGAGUUUUGCAUGUUUUGUAUUUUGCAAGCAGGAACUGAUCUGAAUUGUCUGGGUAGGGAGGGGGGGGGGCGGUGUUGGCAAUAUUUUACGGUUGUUGGUUGGCUAACCUUAGCCAUGCUAGCCGCUAUAGAGCCACCGAUGCUAACACAAGGCCUGUGUUUCACCUGUUGGUGGCGCUGUCGCGGUGGAAGACGGUGUGUUGUGGAUGGUUUUAGUACAAAUCGCGGCGGUCGACACCAGCCCGAACUGAUCGCAGCCCGCCGCGGCAAAUACCAGACAGACAACGGCAGCCCGGCGCACAGACGCUAUGGAUCGUUCCCCCACCACCGCCGCCCUGAUGGCCAGCAACAUCACCAACAAGAACGACCCGCGCUCCCUCAACUCGCGCGUCUUCAUCGGCAACCUCAACACCCUGCUGGUCACCAAGGCCGACGUCGAGGCCAUCUUCUCCAAAUACGGCAAGAUCGUGGGCUGCUCCGUCCACAAGGGCUUCGCCUUCGUCCAGUUCGCCAACGAGCGCAACGCCCGCACCGCCGUCAGCGGGGAGGACGGGCGCAUGAUCGUAGGCCAAGUACUCGACAUCAACCUGGCCGGAGAACCCAAACCACACCGGCCAAAAACCUCCAAGCGCUCCGCCGGAGACAUGUACAGCAGCAGUUCCUCAUUCGAGCUCGACUAUGACUUCCAAAGAGAUUAUUACGACAGAAUGUACUCGUACCCGUCCCGGGUCCCCGCCCCGCCCCCUCCCCCCCCCUUGUCGAGGGCCGUGAUCCCCUCCAAGCGGCCGCGGGUCAGCCUGAGCGGAGGAAGCAGCCGGCGGACAAAGAGCAGCUUCUCCUCGUCCUCCAAGAGCGGCCAGAGGACGUCCUCGUCCAAGACAAAGGGGCUGUUCUCCUCCUCCUCGGUGAAGGUGGACGAGCUGCAGACCAUCAAGCGGGAGUUGACCCAAAUCAAAAGCAAAGUGGACGACCUGCUGGACAGCCUGGAGCGCAUGGAGAAGGACCACAGCAAGAAGUCGGGUAGGGGGCCCAAACACACUAAAGGUAUAAAAACGGAGCCGGGCGAAGUGACGUCGCCGCCGCACACCAGCAGCAAGAAGGACGAGUCGUUGAAGAGAGACAGGGAGUGCCAGGAGCUGAACGACUCCGACGAGGAGGAGGAGGAAGAGGAGGAAGAGGACGACGCAGACCUGCUGGAGGACGACGAGGUGAAGAGUCAAGAGAGGGAGGAGGAAGAUGACGACGAUGAGGAGGAGGAAGGGGAGCACGUGGAAGGAGACGACGAUAUCGAAAGUGUUAAUGGCGAAGAGGACUCGUAGACGCGGGACCCCGCCCACGCAUGACCACACACACACACACACAGCUUCCAGUAGGAACUCGGACUCCUGUUUUAACACUUGUGUUGUAGAGCAAACACACACUCGCAUGGUGCACACACACACACACACACACACACACUGUUGUCCCUUGAGCUGAUUUCUGUUUUUGUCCUGUGUUGCUGUGGGUUUCCGUACGUGUUUUUACUGUGUCGUCGCUCGCCCUCGAGGACGGAAGCACGAAGCUGAAUGUCCUCAGAGACAAAAGCUCGAAGGACCGGUUUUAGGUUCCGUGUUUUGUUUAUUUCCUCAUUGGUGAGUCUGUCUGUUAAGGUCUAGUUUUUUUUAUAUUCAUAACCGUAAAGGAAUAAAUUGCAAUAAAAUAUUAAAA